CACAACUGCGCAUGCGCGUCCUCCUGAAGCCUUGACGGCUGAGCGAGAGAGCGAGCUGCCAGAAGGGGUCUGAGGGGGAAAGAGGACGGAGGCUGCUGGGCGUCAUGAGGGACUGAGGCACUCCUUCCAUCCCCCGGCCCUGCCUCUCCCUCCGCAGGACCCCGGCGGAGCCCAGCCUUUUCGACCCCCUUUUCUUCCCUCCGUUGCUGCCUCAGGAUGUCCCUCCUCUGCCGCCUGACCUCUUACCUGCAGGAUCCAGAGAAAGUGGCCGCUUUCCAGCGGCUCUGUGGCGUGGAGACCAACCCAGGCCGGUCCUCUGCCCCCUCUGACCCAGCGGAGGAACCAGAAGUCGCCCUCUUAGUGGCCAAUGGCAGCUGCCCCAUGGGUGCCCCCCAGGCGGAGAGCCAAGGGUCCGAGCGACACCGCUUCCAAGGCGCCUCCAAGGUGGACGAGAAGGGCGAGGGCUGCCACUGGAAUGGCAUGAAGAAUGGGGUGGUGUCUGGGGAAGCCUGUGGAGGCGAGUCCCAGCCAGAUACCCCCAAGAAAGAAAAGCCACAAGGGUGGGUUUCCAGACGGCAGCCCCGCCGCAACUCUCUCACUGGGGAAUCAGUAUGCCAGGACUUCUCCAUCCGCAGCCCCUUUCUGUAUUACCUGUUCAGCCUGGGGACGGAGCUGGGCAAUGAACUCUUCUACAUUCUCUUUUUCCCCUUCUGUAUCUGGAACCUGGACGCUUGGCUGGGCAGGAGGCUCAUCAUCAUUUGGGUUUGGGUCAUGUACCUGGGACAGUGCACCAAGGAUGUCAUCCGCUGGCCAAGGCCUGCUUCCCCGCCAGUGCUGAAGCUGGAGAUUUUCUACAACUCCGAGUACAGCAUGCCCUCUACCCAUGCCAUGUCGGGCACUGCCAUCCCUCUGGCGCUGCUUCUGUUCAGCUAUGGACGGUGGCAGUAUCCUUUGAUGUAUGGACUGAUCCUUGCCAUCUGCUGGUGUUCACUGGUUUGUUGUAGUCGAAUAUAUAUGGGAAUGCAUUCUAUUCUGGACGUUAUUGCUGGAUUUUUUUACGCUAUUCUCAUAUUGGCUGUCUUCCUUCCAGCUGUGGACCUAGUUGACAGCUUCAACUUAACCUGCAAGUAUGCACCACUAAUCAUCAUCAGUCUUCAUCUGGCCUUGGGGAUUUUCUCCUUCACUUUAGACACCUGGAGCACAUCCCGGGGGGACACUGCUCAAAUCCUGGGUUGCGGUGCUGGAGUUGCAUGUGGCUCUCAUGUUAACUACAUGCUGGGUCUGAUGCCAGACCCUUCACCAGAGAUGCUUCCACUUGUGACUCCCUCUCUCACUGUAAUUAUCGUUGGAAAAGCCAUGUUGCGAUUAUUGAUUGGAGUUGUGCUUCUGUUGCUAACAAAAACUGGCAUGAAGAAGAUCACCAUCCCACUGGCCUGUAAAAUCUUCCGUAUACCUAGUGGCGAUGUUCGACAAGCCCGGCAGCGUAUGGAGGUUGAGCUGCCUUACCGCUACUUUACCUAUGGAAUGGUUGGAUUCUCACUGACUUUCUUAAUUCCUUCCCUGUUUCUCAUAAUGGGACUCUCUUGAUGCAAGUGUUUUCUUGGUGCAGGAAGAGAGCUAGACUGCGUAUAGUUCUGAGAGAAGCUGAAUAGUUUGAGAAAUAUAGAAGUGUUCUACUGUACUGUCUCUGCUAAAGUAAUGCCUAACAGAGAAAGCUCAAAUCUUUGCUAUCAAGAGGAAGACCUAGUCACUUCAGGUCCCUGAGAAAUGCCAUGUCUAGUCUUGUAACAAAAUGUACUUUGUGUGUGAGUGUAUAAUUAUGCCUCAGACUAUAAGUGUACCUCUUUUUCUCCCUGUCUCUUAAUUUGGAUAUGUUAAAAAUGGUAUGUUUAUACCUGAUCCAAAAGUUCUCUUUGUGGUCAGAGUAAGCCAUUUCAUAUUAAGUUAUUUGUUACUCUGAACCACAAACUGCUACAAAGGAAAAACUCAUUUUCUUUGCAUCUCUGCACUCCCAAAUGUUCUAUGUAGGAAGGAAGCUAUUCUAUUGGACCAAAUUUCUAAUGAGAUCUGGCUUAGAAAAACUGGCAUUUUAGAUCCUUUGCCAUACACUAGAACAACUUUAAUUUGUAAAUAUAAACCAGUUACAUCCAGGUACUGUAUUUUAUUUUAUUUUUGCUUGAUAAUUGUGCCUUUUUGUUGCUAAAUUAAAAGCACCAUAUACUGUGAUGUGUGUAUAUAUAUAUACAUACAUAUAUUAUAUAUAAAAGCCCACAACUAUUUUAAAUUUUUACUCAAUUAGGCUGACACUUUAAAAUAUAACUAGCUGCAUAACUAAUAAAAAUAUAGACUUUAUCUUCUGUAUUAAAAAUAUUAAAAGGAAUGAGCCAAAACCUAUAUUGGAGUUCGCUAACUGUGAACAACAUUCUUAAUUCCAUUUUUAGGUAUUUUUAAGUGCAGUGUUCGUUGUUGGAAGAGCAUAUAUUUUUCUGCAGAUUUACCUUAAUUUAUAAAAUAGGUAUGCUAUGUCCAAAAGAGAGGGCUAAAAUGACAAAUCCAGACCAUGUACAUGCUUAAUCCAAGUUCAUUUUCCCCAUCUUUACUUCAAAGUUAUUAAUAAUUCUGGCUUCACAAGAAACAUGUGCAAGAGUUGCACAGUUAUGAGUUAUGAACUGUGAUUCCCAAAUUAUUAAUCUGUUCAUUUGCAUUUAAACAUUAUUUGAUGAAGUUAAGUGUUUUGUUGUCAAUUUUUGCUUUGAAGACGUUCUUCAGAUAGACCAAAGGUGGAAAUUUUGAUGGAUAUUAUAUUUAAGGUAGCACUAUCUGACAUACCUGGUAGAUGACAUGUUGACUAGAAAAACCAGUGAGAGCUGGGGGGAAACAUGAGAUUUUUGGUGACAUAAUGAGGAGCUAGGUCUUCUAGCAUUGUUUGUGUUGACACAGAACUAUUUAGCGAUCUGCCUGAAAUUCAUUUCUGAGUCUCAGAAAGCCAGACUAUAGAAACAAGAGCAUAUUCACUCACCUAACACUAAUUAUCUGUACCAGAGCUUUGAAAAGUUACUUUUGGGGGCUACAACUCCAGAAUCUAACCACCAGCAUACCCACUUUUUCAAGGGCUUGUCUGUAUACUUCCUGACUUCUUACAAAUUGCAUGACGAGACAAAGAUCCUCAGAAUGCACCAUCAAGUUAAUAUGGUGGCUAGUCAAGAUGUAUUUACAUGUGUACAGUUUGUAACUGUUCAGGGGUUAUAUAAGUAAGCAACGGUUGGUCUGUGAGCUCACUCUCACUUUAGAAAUUUUGUCUGUACAACCAGUUGUGCAAACAAAGCCUACACUGACUGACCCUUUAAAAAAUGACAGUAUUGGUUAAUGUAUUAUAGUGUGCCUGGGAAAUCUUAAGGCAGGGAUGUGAAUCAUGUGAAUCUUCAGAUGUUGUUUGAUUAUAGUUCCCAGCAUUCCUCACCAUUAGCUAUGCUCUUUAAGGUUGUUAGGCCUUCCAGUUUACCAACAACUGCAGGGCCACACAAUUUUCACUCCUUCCUUAAAGUCUAAAUCCUGUUGUUUUUCCGAUCUGAAGUAAACCUGUCAAAUCAGUGACACAUAAAUGUUCAUUCACAAAGAUUCUGUUGAGUCACAGGAUGCACUGCUCUAAUUGGAAAUAACCAUUUUGUUUAGACUCCACACUUUUACAAUAAUGCACUUUUUAUCUUGGUAGUAUCAUUUUACAGAACAAGUUAGAAUAGAGAAUUUUGUCCUGUGACUUCAACAUGUUUUUAGGUAUGUGAUUUUUAAAGCUGGCUUAAUACAAACUGUAUGAUAAACAUCCAUUAAAUUCAAUAGGUAACGUUUGCUUUUGAGUACGCUCAGAUAUGGUUUGCUGCUGAAGUUUUUGAGGAGUUUCUGGUGUGCUAUUCUAAUUGAAAUAAUGCCAGCAUUACAUGUUAGCUGCAUUAGUCCAUUGGAAACCAAAAAUCCCCAGAUCACAGUGCUUUACUGUUAUUAGGACAAACCAGAUGUCAUAAAGUUGUGAGCAGACUUUCAGGUACGGUAGAGUUCUUCAUCAAACUGGAGGUUAAGCAAAGUAAGGGUAAAUAGUGUGAUGUUGCAAAAUCUGCAACUUUUAAAAAUCUUUAGGGGACAGGAUCAGUUAUGCAGAAAUGCAGAAAGAUUAGCUUCAUUGAACAGAUUGCAAGUGCACCUUGGGAUACUGGGACAAGGAAGUAUGUUCAGCAGCUAACUGUAUUAGCAGUUUGUUAUAAUGCUUGUUCACUCAGAAAUAAUUUUCACUAUACGAAUGGGACUGCAGCAUAAGCCAUCCAAAGAACAAAUGUACAGGAAUUUAAUGAAUAAUGUAAAUCAAAGUCCCCUUUAGCAGCUAUAUUAAAAGAUGAAAUUAGUUAUUUACAAAUAAUCAGUAGCAGGGGUUUAGCUUAGACACAUGCAAAAGGCUGACACUUAUCCUGUGGAUUUCCCCCCACUUUGAUCAGUAGGCCUUGAACUAUACCAAACUACUUUUGAAUCUUCCUUCAAUUUCAAAAGAAACAUACCAAGGAGAUAUGAAGAACUCAUGAGCAAACAAUAAAACAUCUACUUCUUUGGCUCAUGGAGAUAGUUUCACUCUGGAAUACAUUCAAGCAUGUCAUCAUAAUCACCAAAUGCAAAUAUCAGAAAUUUAGGAAUUGCUAUAAUCAAAUAAAAAGGCAGGAAGCAUUCCUAACAAAGUUUAUCAUACCAUGAAACAUAAUUUCAUUCAUAAUGACACAAAAGAUGCAAUUUCAUGUCCUCUACAAUAGAAUGAGUUUGCACAAAAUGGAAUGCUUCCUAGUUAUCCUCUUCUUGGAUUAAACAAAAAUUCAGAAAGACUGCUCAGCCAUGCCUUAUUAGAUAUUAGGGCUAAAAAUUAUAAUUACUUGAUUUUACCUUUGAAAACAAUGGGACAGUGAAAAAUUUCAGGAAGCAUUCAGUAGUUACCCAAUGUUGUGCUUAAAUUUAACAGGUUCUUAGGAAACUGUUGGGCAGUAGACACAUGUUUUCUUAAUCCUUGUAUAAUAACUGUAAUUAAUAUUAAAGGAAAGCACAGUAGUGAAAGAAAGUAAUUACAGUUGGCCCUCCAUAUUUGCAGCUUUGACUUCUUUGUGAAUUUGCUUAUUUGCAGAUUUGAUUAGUAUUUUCUCUGUAGGAAUCUGUAUGUCUUCCAGCGCAACUCUGCCAGAAGUUGACCAUAGCAUUGUGCUGGAAGUCCUAGAGAUUACUAGAGUAAACACUCCUCUAGGCAUUUGUAGGUCCUUCAGCGUGAUUCUAUGGACAGCUUCUGCAGAUUUUGGUUAUAUAGUUGUGCUGGAGGACCUAGAGAUUCCUAGAAAGGUGUUCUCUCAGAUUUAAAAAAAGGGUUUUUUUUUAUUUGCGGCUUUUCCAUUUUCAUGGGGGUCCUGUACCCCUAACACCAACAAAUGUAGAGAGCCCACUGUACAAACUUUCUUGCUACAUUUCCAUUGAAUAGCUUGACUUUUCUAACAAAGAAUGUCGAUAUAAGUAGUUGAAAGGGCUAAAUAGGAAAUGACUGUUGAAAGUAAAUAACUUGCAAAGCUGUAUGGAUUUUUUUCCAAGUUGUUCUAGCACUGUUAUAACCAUUAAUGCAUCAAGAAACAGUUUCACUGAAAGAGCUCAUUUCAUUAAUAUGUAAAUGAUGGUCUCCAAAGUUUUAAAAGCAUGCACUGUAGCAUCUUCUACUGUUACUCUGUGUAUUUUUUUACACUGCCUGUAAGUCUUUCAAAAUGAAAUAUGCCAUCCACAUUUUAAAUUUGGUCUGUAUUAUUUUGCUUUACGUUGGUACUUGGAAGCCUUAAUCAUGGAUCACCAGUACAUCUGUAUGAUUUAAAAAUAAAAUGAAACACUGGAGUGUG